GAAUAGAACCUUGUCCUUUUUUUUCUUAGUAUAACUUCCCUUAACUAUCUCUUCCUUUAUUCUCUUAUAUAAAAAAGUCUCCAUCUCCAUCUUUGUGUGAUUAAACUCAUUUUGUGUGGGGUAUUCUAUCUUUCUCUCUCUCUCACUCUCUCUCUCUCACACUCUCUCACUCUCUCACUCUCAUACAUACACACGAACGCACACACACAUACACAUUCUUUUCCUUUUUUUUUUUAUUUUUAUUUUUUUUUUUCCAUCUAUUCAAUUACAUCAUAUAUCUAUUCUAUAUUAGAUAUAACUCUCCUCUUAUAUACCUCUUUUAGAUCUCUUGUUUAUUUAAAACAAAAAAAAAACUUAUUUAUUCAACAUAUGACAAUAUUAUAUUAAUCAUGUCACAACAUUCAAUAUUCUUCUUAUUAUUACUAUUAUUACCUUUAUCACAUCGACAACGACCACGAAACAAAACUAUCAUCUACAAUCAUUAUUAUUAUUAUUAUUCAAUAUUAUUAUUAUUAUUAUUACCUUCAUUAGUAUCAACUCAAUCAAUUAUCAAUAAUGGAUGUAUUUCCUUAUCAACUUCAAAAGCCUGUCCUUCAUACAACAAAUAUUAUAUUGGCGUUCCAGUAUUAACAAGAUAUGGUCUCAAUCCAAACCUAACUACUAUUGACGAAUUUGACCAAGGUGUAAACUAUUAUACUACAAGUGCUUAUAGCUAUGUCAACAGUUUGGAAUGUUUUUCAGCUUACACCAAUACCUCCAACCUCACCUUUCCUUAUGCUCGUUAUUCAAAAACUCGUUUUUGUGCUGCUUUGGUACAAGACUCUGAUUCAUCUUUACCUUGCAAUUAUAAAUAUAAUGUGAAUCCUAUGCCUUUAUGUCAAUCUACUUGUCAUCUAUGGUUAAAUAGUGUAAAAAAUAUUGUAACUGAUAACAUUACUGCCUGUCCAAAUCAAGGUUCAAUGACUGAAGAUUUUCCUAAUCUUGCUUCUUCUUGUGAUUAUUGGGCUGGUUAUAAUGGUACUACUGGAAAUUGUAUUGAUGGUACUGUUAAUGAACCAAAUUAUUGUGGAUUCAAUGAUACCGAUGGUGCAUGCGCAUAUUGUCAAAAGAAUGGUACUGAUACUUGUUGUCAAACAAUAUCUUCAUGUCCCAAACAAGGUGGUUUAUCAGUAGGUGCAAUCAUUGGAAUAGUGGUAGCAGCUGUGGUGAUGAUGGUAUUAUUGGGUUUGGCAUUCUUUUGUUUCUGUUGUAAACGACAAAAACGAAUUCGAAAAGAAAACAGUUUCUCUUUCAAGACAUAUAUUCCUCCUCAACAACAUCAAUCAACAGUGGAAGAAACUGAUCAAUAUUCAGGGAAUAAGGUAUUACUUCAAGAUGAUGAUCCAAUACGAGGUACAACUAUGGCUACAGCUCAAAUGAUGACUGGCACUAUGAAUUCAAAUGGAACUCGACAUACUCAUCAAAGUCAUUUAUCCGAUCCUUUUGGUGAUCAUUAUGAAGUCAUUUCAUUAGCCAAUAAUGCUACAACUACUACAAAUACACCUACACCUACAGCAUCAACGUCAGCUACUUUGAUUCCCACAACAACAACAUCUGGAGCUUUGGUUUCUUUGGAUACAAAUCCUGUCACAGCAUCUACUACUCCACCACCAACAACAACAACAACAAUUGAAGAUGGAGAACCAGCCUAUGAAGAAGAAUUUUACAAAGUGAUACAUCCUUAUCCCCCUCAAGUCAAUGAUGAAUUAGGAUUACAAGUGGGUGAUAUUGUAUGUUUAGCUAUGGGUUUUGAUGAUGGUUGGGCUUUAGGUUUCAAUGUCACCACUGGUAUGAAAGGUGUAUUCCCAUUAGUAUGUGUCUCUCUUAUUCCUCCUUCGGUUUUGGAACAAUUAUUGAUCUCCUCCAAUGAAGAAGAUGUGACAAAUGAUGGUGUUGGAUCUUUUUCAUCCAAAGUAUUAGUAGAAGAAGAUGAUUCAGUAUUCGAUCAAGGCAACAACAACAAUAAUAGUAAUGGAAAUUCAUCACGAUUAUCAAGAUCUUCACAACUUGCUAUUAGUAUACGAAGGAUUCGUGAAGAUAUGCGACGAUCUAUGAGUUUAUCUUCAUCUACUACAACAUCCACCAAUCAUCAUCAUCAUCAUCAACCUUCUCCACUUUCCGCCAACAAUAGCAUUUCAAGAUCAUUCAAAGAUCAUUUAUCAUCACCCUCACUUUUAUCACAUCAAACAACAGCAGCCAAUAUUCCAAGGCGGACAGCAAGUAGAGGACGAUCGUCUCAUAACAACAAUAAUAAUAUUGCAACAAGUACCAAUUAUGCUGAAUGUGAUAGUCCUACUUCACCGACACAUCAAACUCCAUUAUUUAAUGACACCAAUCAUCAUUUACAUCAACCUUCUUCUCCAAUCACCAAUGGUAUGGAAUCCUUUGAAAUGUAUCAUCAGCAUCCAAAACAAGAAUCAUCAGUGUAGUUUUUUUUUUCUUCUUAUAUAUAUAUAUUUAUAUAGUAUUGUUUAUUUUGAUCUUCAUUUUUUUUCUUUUCAAUCAUAAUAAAACCAUCAUUUGAUUCUCCCUC